AUGGUUUGUGGCCUUCAGUACUCAGAUCCCAAACCGGAUAAAACUGAUAACCUGUCCGCAGAACACAGUGAAGCCCCAGAAGCCCCAUGGCUCGUGAACAUCUAUGGCAAUGGCCAGAGAUGCCAAGGAAUUAUCCUAAGCAGUCUGUGGGUCCUGACAGCAGCCAAUUGCUUCUUGCUGAUGAAUCCGAGCCAAGUAGAGUUGACUGGAUCUCCUGGGCAUUUCUCUACCAAGACAGUGAGUCAGUUCCUGCUACAUCGGGGCUUCAGUUCUUGGAAUAAAGCACCCAAUAAUGAUCUGGGACUCAUCUUGCUUGGCCAGCCAGUUAAUUUAAGAACAAACAACACGUGGCCAGCUUGUAUCCCUCAGGAAGAGAAACCAUACAAUACACAGGAAGAAUGUAGGAUUUUCGAACGAGGCCAACAGGGUGAAUGGUUCCUAAAGGAGACCAUGGUGGAGGCUUUGAGCAUAUCUGACUGCUCCAAGCAUUGGCCUGACACUACAGAAAGGCGGAACUUGUGUGUUACAAAAAAGGAAUCUCCCAAACUUACAUCUUGCAAGGUGCCAGUGGGCAGUCCCGUGAUCUGUCAAGAUCCAGCUACCUGGGAUUGGGAGGUGAUGGGCCUUGUAAGUCAGAGCUUGCACAACUGCACAGUCCCUAUCCUGGCUUCUCAGCUUUUAUCCCAUCUACAGUGGCUGAAGCAAGUGGGAGCCUUAGAGAAUCCUCUCCAGCCAGAAGAUAAAUUACCUUCAGCAGCUGGACAGCAACCUGUAACAUUAUUGAAACCACCAACAGUUCAAACACCAUCAGUAGCCCUCCAAGUGCCUGUAACACUUCCAGUUGCAGAACAAACAUUUAAACUGCCACCACCAGAAGCAGCCAUAACAGCCUCAUUGCCACAAGUGCAAACAACUACAACGACCACCACUCAAUUGCCAUCAACCAAUCUGCCGUCACAGGAAGCAACUACAGCAACCACUACUGCAUCUCCACCAACCAAACCUCCAGCACUGGAAACAAUCACAAUAACAGAAGCAACCAAACUACCACCAGUGGAAACAGCUACAACCACCACCACUCAAUUUCCAUCAUCCAAUCUGCCAUCACAGGAAGCAACUACAGCAGCCACCAUUGCACCUCCACCUACCAACCCUCCAGCACUGGAAACAAUCACAAUAACUGAAGCACCACAGCUAGAAAGAACCAUGACAACCAUAUACUCAUUAACCCAAACUGCAGAGCAACUUAGUGUAGUGUCUCUAACUACAAAGAAUUCUAUUUUGUAUUCCUCAGAAAUAGCAAAACCUGCCCAAGAGGCAAAUAAUGUAAUUCUUACAACAGCCCAUGAAUCAUCACCUAUAACAUCUGCAUCCUUCUCCCCAACCACAGAACCACAGCAUGCGGCACCAACGAGUUCUGGCCAGUUGCCACAGGAAGCAUCUUCCAUUCCAGGAUGGUCUACAACUGCUGGGAAGGCAUCAACCAAACUCUCUUUCACACCUCAACAGCAAUCAUCUGUAACUUCCAUAACAACACUUAAGUCACCAUCUGUUACCUCUUCCACAACCAAAAAAAGCUCUGAAACAAUGGUAGCAACAAAACCCUUUUCCCAAACUCCAGAGCCACAGCAUGUAAUACUUACAGCUACUGGGCAGCCACCACAGGCAACAUCUUCCAUCAGAGGGCAAUCAUCUGUCACGGCCAUGCAAACUUUGGUAGCACCCACAACCAGGCAAUCACUCCAAACGUCAUCAACUGUCAUACAUCACCAUUUAGUAAUAUUGCCACCUACCUCCCCAAGGCAGUCUAAACCUUUGUCACCUCCAAGCACAAGAUAGCGCUUCUUCCACAGCUCUAUUAUUCACACUUGAAAUUUCAGUCCACUGGUUUUAUGGGACUGAGCCCCAGGAGAAACCAUGAGGAAGACCUCUCACUUGAUCCUGCUCUGGCAUGUCUUCCCAACCCAAUAAGAUAAUUCCCAUCUUGUAAUUCUUUGAGCAGAUAACAUGAAUGCACAGAUAAGGAUGGCAUGAAAUAACAGCUCCCACACUUAUCAGCAAGAUGGCAAUUCACAUGGAUCGCAAAGUUGAUGAAUGAUGUGACUAAGAACUUCUAUAUCCUCUUUCCUCUCAAAAUCUGGGGCUUGCCGGUCAUCAAUCUUUCCCAACCCCAACUUGCCAUCCCUUUGGAGUGGAAUAUAUUACAAUA